GAGCAACGAAACAAGGCGGUUGUUGCCAAGUACUUUGAGGAAUACUGGGUGAAGGGAAAUGUCUCGAUUGUGGACGAGCUCUGCUCUGAUGACUUUGUCAUGAGCUACCCUAAUCACGGACCCCGUCACGGCAAAGAGGGCGCAAAGAAGAUGCUGACCGAGUUUAUGGAGGCUUUCCCUGAUCUGACCUUUAGGUCUUACCAAACUCCAUUGAUUGCAGAGGGUGACUACGUCGCAGCCCAGUGGGUUGGCGGCGGCACGCAUACUGGCCGUGCAUUUGACGAUUUGGUCGUGGGAAAGCUUGACAAAGCCAAUACUGGCAAGAAGAUUCAUUUCAGCGGAAUUUCAAUUUUUACACUCAAGAAUGGCAAGAUUGUUCGCGAGAUUGCUGAGGAGGGCGGGUUGACUGUUCUGCAGCAGCUUGGGCUUGUUCCCCAGCCUAACCCUGGCAAAGAGAUUGUUUAC